CCCUCGAGAAUUCUUCGAACCAGAGACCGAGUCCUGUAGUCGAUGCCCGGUGCCUUCUGCGAUCUUACGAGAGAGAGGAAGAUGGAUUGGCAUAGAUGUUUUUUGGUAUUGUUUUGGAUUGCUGUUAUAUUACCAAUUGUUUCAUCAAAAGAGCAACUGAGCUCAAGGGAAUGUGAGGAUCUGGGUUUUACAGGCCUUGCUCUUUGCUCUGAUUGCAACACUUUAGCUGAGUAUGUCAAAAAUCUAGAGUUAGUAUCUGACUGUUUGAAGUGCUGUACUGAGGAUUCUGAUGACUCCAUGAGCAAGAUUACUUAUUCUGGUGCAGUACUGGAGGUUUGCAUGAGGAAAUUAGUGUUCUAUCCUGAAAUUGUCGGUUUCAUUGAAGAGGAGAAGGACAAGUUUCCUACGGUUAAAGUUAAAUAUGUGUUCAAUUCACCACCAAAGUUGAUCUUGCUGGAUGAUGAGGGUAAACAGAAAGAAGCCAUCAGAAUUGACAACUGGAAACGCGAACACGUGUUGCAGUUCCUGCGCGAGAAGGUUAAGUCGGCUUCAUCCUAACUGUGUUUUGGUUUUGUUAUUCUCUCCUUGAGUUGUCUUUAAUUAAUUUUUACUCUGUGUUGAACAAACAUCAAAUUCAAAAAGAAUGAUGUAGUAGUAAACUCUUUAGACACCAAUUACUCUCUUAUUUUUCCUCUUCAUUAUAUAUGAUGACUGAGUCAAGGUUGGGUUAGAUUCGAUUUAGUUCAAGACUUGAGAAACUCCAGAACUGAAUCAAACCUUGGUUCGUUA